AUGUCUCUCAGGCAGGUAGCGGCGCUUGGUGCUGUCAGUGUCUUAUCUGUGGUCGGCGUCGUAGGAGGAACGCGAUGGCGCCGCGUCGAGCUGCGCCGUGCCGAGCUGAACGAGGAGUACGCGAAGCUCAUGACUCAAAUGCGCACCUUCAACGAGGAGCGUCUCACCCGUGAUGAGCGCCUGGCCGCCAAGGAGGCGGAGGCGAAGGCGACGGCGGAGACAGUGGACACAUUGUGGAGGGAUCGACUGGAGCGUUAUGCGCAGGUGAACAAGGACCUGCAUGCCUACCUGGCCGCCCUGCCCGAAGCAAUCGGGGCAUUGAAGGGCCUCUCGAACCACUAUCGCUACAUGUUGGAGGAGAUGCCGAAGUUCGCGGGGUUUGACGUUGCGUGCUCCAAGAUGCACAACCUGGCACUUAUGCUGGAGCACAGCAGGACUGUGGGCAUUGAGCGAGUGGCCGCAACGGUGCAGGAGAUGUUCGCUGCGGAGCCACUUGUACAGGCUGUAUGCACGAGCAUUGUGGCAGCCCCGGCACCGCCGCACCCGAGUUCGAUCGCUGAUGCCAGUGCCACCUUCACAUUCUGUAUGGAAGAGCUCGACCAUGCCGUGGGGACGGUCGCUAUGCGAUACGCGGCGGUACUGCAAGAGCCCCCGGCUGCCACGCCCGGCAUCUUAUCAGACAGCAUCCGUAAGAUCGUUGGUAUGACGCGAGCCGACACGUUAAGCAGAGGUCAGCGCCACCUUGCGAGGCGCCAAGACGACUUGGAGCGGAUGCUUCGCCGUGCCCAGCGGCAGCUUCAUACCGAGGAGGACAUUCGCGCUGCGCUGGACUACACAAAGGAACUGGACGAUCAUCUAGCAGCUUCUACGCCAAGAAGAGGCGCCUUGUUUCUCUCUUCGUCUUCCCGGAAGGAUGACUUCCUGGCCGCCGUGCGGUCAGAUAGUGAAGUGAAGAAGGCCAUUCAGCAGAUCAACCUGUGGCGUGACUCGGCAAUCACUUUCCUUGUGCACCGGCAGGCCGAGGACGCGCUGCAGAGCUAUCACCUCUUGCUAGCAGAGGCGCUCACAGCAGUUCAUGAGUUGAAGUAG